AUGUCGCAGUCGAUCUCGUUCCAAGGUCAUGCCAACGGCACCAACGGUCACGCAACCGCAACUCCUGCCAACGCACCACCCCACCCCACUCCCGAACAAAUCGCCUCCUCUGCUCGGCGGUACUUCCUCUUCGGUUCGCCCAUCUCGCACUCCGCCAGCCCAGCCUUCCAAAACCUCAUGCUGCAAUCCAUCGCACCCAUCAACGCAUUCCCUGGAUCCGACAAGCAAUCCUUCUUCCCGACCUACUCUCUCAAGGACACCAAGAGCAUCGACGAGCCGCACCUGAGGGAGAUCGUACGCAACGAUCCGCUGUUCGCCGGUGCAGGUGUCACCAUGCCGCUCAAAGUAGUCAUCACCGCUACGUUGGGCGAAGAGGGGGUGAUAGAUGAACUCAGUGCAGCGGGGAAAGCGACUCAGACGGUCAACACCAUCAUCUCUGUCCCGCACAACGGUAGCAGAAAGAUGAUUGGUACCAACACGGAUUACCUCGGAAUUUCACACUCUGUCCUCCGCGCUGUAGCCGAGUGCAAUGCGGAGGAUAGGGUGACAAAGUACCUCGAUCCACAAUUGGGCUAUGCUGCGAGGUAUGUGUUUCCCAGGAAUCCGGAGGGCAAGCACUACUCGGCGUUCAUCAUCGGUUCCGGUGGAACAUGUCGUUCGGCUGUAUACGCGGUUAGUCAGAUGGGUCUCUCUCCGAUCUACCUGCUGAAUCGUGAUGCGGCGGAAACGCAAGCUGUCGUCGAACAUUUCGGGAACUCGCUCGAUUUGCGACCGCUGCGUUCGAUCGAAGCGUACAACGCGGAAGCGGCCAAACGCGACGCAGGAGAGAUCGGUCACAUCGCUUGUGCGGUAGGUGCUAUUCCGGCAUUCGCACCCGAGACGCCCGACGAAAAGAUGGUAUACACCCUAGCAGAGAUGUUCUUUGCUUCCCCCUACCACGCUCUCACCCAACCCCACGCUCCCCUCCCCUCCGCCGAAGCAGGGGAAGCUUUGAUCGAACUACCACUACCCACCAACCGACCCUUUUUGGAUAUGUGCUACAAACCGCGCAUCACACCUCUCCUCCGUCUCGCCGAACAGAACCACUGGCUAGCCAUAGGUGGAGUGGAAGCCAUGGUCGAACAGGGUCUGGCACAGGCGAGGAUGUGGGCCGCUACAGCCAAGGCCUGGGAACAGGGGAUGGCCGAGUUCGAGCCCAUCGAGUUCGCCGUUAAGGCGGGCGAUGAGGGCCCGAUCGGGUUCAAGGUCGAGGAGGAAGCGAGGGAGUUGGUCAGAAGUAUGUUGGACAUCAAGUAG